CCCCGAGUCUGGGCCGGGGGUGGUGUGGGCGGAGGUGAUGGUGGCUUGAGAUCCGUGACUGCCCUACCCCAAACGCACCCCAUCCCACGGCCCUGAAGAACAUGCUGUCCUGGACAGCGACUGGGGAGGAAAACACGUCUUCUCUUUCAGCCUUGUUCAGUGUCUCUGACAAAACCGGCCUCGUGGAAUUUGCCAGGAACCUCACUUCUGUGGGUUUGAGUCUGGUCGCUUCUGGAGGGACCGCAAAAGCUCUCAGGGAUGCGGGUCUGGCAGUCAGAGAUGUCUCUGAGCUGACGGGGUUUCCCGAAAUGUUAGGGGGCCGUGUGAAAACCUUGCACCCUGCAGUCCAUGCCGGAAUCUUGGCUCGUAAUAUCCCAGAAGAUAAUGCUGACAUGGCCAGACUUGAUUUCAAUCUUAUAAGAAUUAAGAAGUGUGUGUACAGUAACCGUGUUGCAAAGAGGUUAAACCGAUGUGAAAAUACUAAUCCUAUUUUGUUUUUGAAAGGUGGGGUAACCCUGUUGAGAGCAGCAGCCAAAAACCACGCUCGAGUGACGGUAGUGUGCGAGCCAGAGGACUACGCCGCUGUGUCCACAGAGAUGCAGAGCUCUGACAGCAAAGACACCUCCUCAGAGACCAGGCGCCAGUUGGCCUUGAAGGCUUUCACUCACACGGCACAAUAUGAUGCAGCAAUUUCGGAUUACUUCAGGAGACAGUACAGUAAAGGAAUAUCUCAGCUCCAUGAAGACAUUCUAAAUGGAGCCCCUGGAUUUAUAAACUUGUGUGAUGCUUUGAAUGCCUGGCAGCUGGUGAAGGAACUCAAAGAAGCCUUAGGCGUUCCAGCUGCUGCCUCUUUCAAGCAUGUCAGCCCAGCAGGUGCUGCUGUCGGAGUUCCCCUUAGUGAAGAUGAGGCCAAAGUGUGCAUGGUCUAUGACAUGUAUAAAACCCUCACACCCAUAGCCACCGCCUAUGCACGAGCAAGAGGGGCCGAUAGGAUGUCUUCAUUUGGUGACUUUGUUGCCUUAUCGGAUAUAUGUGAUGUCCCUACUGCCAAAAUUAUCUCCAGAGAGGUAUCUGAUGGUAUUAUUGCCCCAGGAUAUGAGGAAGAAGCUUUGACAAUACUUUCUAAAAAGAAAAAUGGGAACUACUGUGUUCUUCAGAUGGACCAAUCUUACAAUCCAGAUGAAAAUGAAGUUCGGACUCUCUUUGGUCUUUGUUUAAGCCAGAAGAGAAAUAAUGGGGUCAUCGACAGGUCAUUAUUUAGCAAUGUUGUUACCAAGAAUAAAGAUUUGCCGGAAUCUGCGCUCCGAGACCUCAUCGUGGCCACCAUUGCUGUGAAGUACACUCAGUCCAACUCCGUGUGCUACGCCAAGAACGGGCAGGUGAUCGGCAUUGGAGCAGGACAGCAGUCUCGGAUCCACUGCACACGCCUGGCAGGAGAUAAGGCGAACUUCUGGUGGCUCCGGCAUCACCCACGAGUGCUCUUGAUGAAGUUCAAAACCGGAGUGAAGAGAGCAGAAGUCUCCAACGCCAUCGAUCAGUAUGUUACUGGGACCAUCGGCGAGGAUGAAGAUCUGGUAAAGUGGAAGGCUCUGUUUGAGGAAGUCCCUGAAUUACUGACUGAGGCCGAGAAGAAGGAAUGGGUGGACAAGCUUAGUGAAGUGUCCGUCAGCUCGGAUGCCUUCUUUCCUUUCAGGGACAAUGUGGACAGAGCUAAAAGGAGUGGCGUGGCGUAUAUUGCUGCUCCGUCCGGUUCUGCUGCUGACAAGGUUGUGAUUGAGGCCUGCGAUGAGCUGGGAAUAGUCCUCGCUCACACGAGUCUUCGGCUCUUUCACCACUAAUUUCAUCACACGCGCUUUAAGUUUGUUUAUGUGGGUGAAAAAUCAUGUGGGCAAUUUUGAAAAUACUUUGGAAAAAAUAAAAAUAAAUCUGAAUAAUAACCUUGGA